UCAGAUUUGUGGCCGAGUCAGCCGAGAAGCUCACCCACGACCCAUCCAACGGAAAAGCCUCGGUUGGCCCCUCUGCUGCUUCUGUAGUUCUUCUCGGGUUCGUGCCUCUUCCGAAACAGGCCAGGUCUCCGCUUCCGUUUCAACUCGGCACGGCCGCUGCCUCUAACCUUGCCACGGUCUCCUCCUCCUCCCCCAGCUCGCCCCACGUCGACCUACUCUCCUCGGCCCGUCUCGACGACGCGAGUUCGAUUCAAGCGAACGCCGCCGCCGCCGACACGUAGCAGCCGCUAACUUCGCCCUCCCGCAGAUACCCAGAUCCGGCUGCUACUUUCUCCAGUAUUUCAGCAUGGUCCCUAACAAUGAUGCACUGGAGAAGUGUAUUAAAGAAAUUCUCUCUCAAAUAAAGCCGGCGGAGGUUGAUCGAAAUAAACGACUAUCUGCAAUUAAGGAGCUGGACAUUUCCAUCCAAUCAGUUGCAGCUUUGAAAGGUGCUGCUGCCAAACCUUUUGGGUCAUUUCUCUCAAAUCUUUACUCAAAAUCAGGAGAUUUGGAUUUAUCAGUUCAGCUGAUGAAUAGCUCAAACCUUCCUGUAAGCAAGAAAAAGAAGCAAAGUAUCUUGAGAGUACUAAGGAAAGCUUUGCAAAGAAAUGGCGUUGCUGGCUAUAUGGAGUUCAUUCCUCAUGCAAGAGUCCCAGUUCUUCAGUACGUGAGCAACAGCUUUGGCAUUUCAUGUGAUUUAUCCAUUGAUAACUACCCUGGUCGAAUUAAAUCCAGAAUCUUCUACUGGAUCAGUACUUUAGAUGAGCGCUUUGGUGAUAUGGUUUUAUUGAUCAAGGAGUGGGCAAAAUGUCAAAAUAUCAACGAUCCAAAAACUGGAACCCUGAAUUCCUAUUCGCUCUGCCUACUUGUUCUCUUUCAUUUUCAGACAUGUGAGCCGGCAAUUCUACCACCUUUGAAGGACAUCUAUGAAGGGAAUAUCACAGAAGAUUUUACAGACAUGACGCUUUACGAUGAGGAACAUCUUGAUAUGGUAUGUGCGGCAAAUAUAGCAAAAUUUGAAAGCCAGAACAAGGAACAAAGAAACGAAAGCUCUCUUUGUCAGCUUCUUGCAACCUUUUUUGACAAGUUUUGUCACAUCAAUGCCAUUACCAAUGAUGUGAUAUCUACUUACACGGGUCAGUUGGAGAAAAUUCAGGACAAUCCAAAUUGGAUGAAGAAAUCCUACAGCUUGUUUAUCGAAGAUCCAGUUGAGAGGCCUGAUAAUGCCGCUAGAGCAGUUGGUGUGAGAGGGCUUCUCCAAAUUGCUAGUGCCUUCAAUGAUACCAAUCGCAAGUUUGUUUCUCUUGAGCGUACUGAAAAAAAUGACUUACUGGGAAUGUUGUGCACACCUGACGUUUGCUCAAAACUUGGUGGAAGAGUCAUAGCUUCUCAUGCAAACACUCCACAAAGGAAUCAUCACCAUGCCAGAUCUAUGGUGCCUGUGGGAGCUAAGCUAUCUGAUAAUCAACGCCACCAUGGAGCCAGAGGAUUUACAGGAAGCAGACCAGCUCAUAAUCCUACUCAGGUGUACCUUGGUACUACAGGAUGCCAAACGGCAGGACAGCUAGGACAAUACCAAAAUCAUGAUCAUUCUCAGCCAUAUACUAACACCGCAGGGCGCCAAACAGCAGGACAGCCAGGGGUAUACCGAAACAAUUAUCGCCAAACGCCGGCAGCGUAUACAGCGUAUACUGGCGGACACCAAACGCUAGACCAACACCCGAAUCAGAGUUAUCCACAGGCGCACACUCCUUGGGUCCCAACAGGACAAUACCAGAAUCAUUAUCCUCCACAGGCGUUUGCCACAGGGCAUCAAGCAGCAGGGUCAUACCAGCAGGCCCCUGCAUACCACUACCAGAGUCAACCGCAGUUUCAUGCAAUUGCAGACCCAACACCGGGAUCAUACCACCAGAAUGGAUAUUACAAUAAUCAAUCAUUGUAUGACACAGGGCGCCAAGCAGAAGGAUUAUACCGGAACCAGCGAGGGAGACAAUACACACCUGACCGUCAAGGUAACAGGAGUGGUGCGACUACAAGAUACGCGCCUGUUGCUGCAGGGCUCCAAAAUGGACUGCCACAAAACUCGCGAUCGCAAACCUCAAGACGGACAGAAUGGCAAGGUAGCAGCCAACAUCAUACCUGACCGAAACUGUUGUCGCAGGACAAAAAUUUAUUGUAUCCAAUUUUUUCCUGACAAUACGUAUUGGUUUAGAUUUAUGUUAUGUUGUGGAAGAAAGCUUUUUUGGUCAGUUAUCAGUUUUUUUUUCUUUCUA